AUGCUAACGAACUGAAGCAAAAGGAGAAGUUUUCUAUUUUUACCUACAUCCAAUACACCACAACAGCUGCAGCAGCCAUUCUGCUCUUACGGACCUCAAAUCGUUUUUUGACUCAUGCUCAGCGAGGAAAAACUAUUGUAGGGGCUGUAGGCUGUAUUUAUCUAUCUGUGGCUAAUGAAUUCGGGAUAUUUCCUUUCAACUUCUUCGUAAAAGAGAAGGUUUCAAUACGGAAGUCUUGA